CCUCCAGGAUCUAUCUAUCUAUCUAUCUAUCUAUCUAUCUAUCUAUCUAUCUGACAACAAGCCCACAGACAGCAGCAUGAUGGAGGAGGAGGCGUGAAGCUACUGAAGGAGGUGAACAUGGAGACCAACCCUCUGAUCAAUGCCAUGGACCCGUCCAUCACGUUGUGGCAGUUCCUGCUGCACCUGCUGGAGGACCAGCGGCAGCGCCACCUGAUCACCUGGACAGGUGAGGACGGAGAGUUCAAGCUUCUGGAUGCGGAGGAGGUGGCUCGGCUCUGGGGGCUACGCAAGAACAAGCACAACAUGAACUACGACAAACUGAGCCGCGCCCUCAGAUACUACUACGACAAGAACAUCAUAAAGAAAGUGAGCGGCCAGAAGUUCGUCUAUAAGUUUGUGAGUCAACCUGAUCCGUCUCUACCCGAUGGCGGAGGCUGCUCAGAGGAAGUUCAGAGGAAGGAGGUCGAUCCAAACAACCAAUCAAAGAGCCUCGGGGGCGUGGCCUCAACCUGUCCAUCAAAGGGCUUACUUCAGCGUUCGUCGCCCUGUGGAUCCCAGAAGAGCUCCAGGAACGACUACAUGAAGUCCGGCCUCUACUCCACCUUCACCAUCCAAUCACUGCAGGCUCCUCCCAACCCUCGGCCCAGCAAAUCAGAGCUGCUGCUGCUCCAGGACCCCGCCCCCAAGCUGGACCGCACCCCCCGAGAGGUCCUGUCAGAGUCUAUAUCUCCUCCAUCAGUAGGUGGCGCUGUGGACUCUUCUCUCCAGGUGAUCGUCACUCAGUCGUCUCCUUGUCCGACUCCAGCCCUCAGCCCUCAGUUACCAGCCACCAGCCAAUCACAGAAUCCUCCAGCUCCUCCUCUCAGUGACCCUCCCCAGAUUUAUCUCACCAACGUCGGGGAUCCGUCCUCCCUCACCCCCCUCAUCCCUCUCGGUCCCGUGGGGGGGGCGGUGAGUCCUGUCCCUCCUCCCCACGUCCCGUUGGGCUCCCAGGGGCCACAGCAGGACGACUUCCAUCCUCACCCCCACGCCGCUCCUCACCCGUCUCACCCGCCCGUCUUCGUCAUCAUCAACCCUCCUCCUCCCCCUCAGCAGCAGCAGGCGGCCAUGACACCUGCUGCUGCUCCUCCUCCAGUCACACGUCCUCCUCCUCACCCCAUCAUCAUCAAGGAGGAGAACCUGCCAUCGGAGGCGGAGCUGCUGGAGAUGGUCCCUCAGCUGGUCUGCAGCUCUGGAGAACCAGAACCUCCCCUCACCAUCAUGGAGAGCCCACCUCCUCCCUGCAUGGAGCCGGGGGUCGGAGGUCAGCCACCAGCAGGGGAGGGGGGUCCGGAGGGGGAGGGCAAGGACACGCUAACAGAUGGCGCCAUCCCUCCGGUGACCUCCUUAGUGGUGACCCCCCCGGUGACCUCCACCUCGGACGCUGUUCCUCCCAAACCAAAGAAACCGAGAGGCCUGGAGCUGCCGUCCUCCCCCUCGCUCCCCCCUGGCCUCUCCCUGGAUAAGGUUAAUGCAGCUGUUAACAGUUUACUGGCUCCUGGCUCAGCGACCAACACCCUCACCCCGACCGUCAUCACCUCCCACGCCCUGACUCCGGUCCUGUUGACUCCCAGCCCUCUUCCCUCCACCAUCCACUUCUGGAGCACGCUCAGUCCCAUCGCUCCUCGCUCCCCGGCCAAGCUCUCCUUCCAGUUUCCCUCUAACGGCAGUAACCAGAUCCACAUCCCGGCUCUGAGUGUGGACGGCCUCUCCACCCCCGUAGUCCUGUCCCCCGGGCCCCAGAAACCCUGAGCCCCGAGCCCGGCUCCCACAGCACCUCACCGGGCCCGACCUGCCCCGACAGCCCCCUCUCCCCCGGAGGCUCGGAGGAGGAGGAGGAGGAGGAGGAGGAGGAACUCUGGGACCAUGGAGCCUCCUUCAGACCGGGGGACGACUGGACGCCUGCACUCGUCUCCGGAGGACAUGGAUGAGGAGAUGAGCAGAGUUUAUUUUUCCUACUAAGGGCUGCAGCGAACGCUUUGCCGGUCUGGACCUGGAGACCGGAGGAGUCCUCUGACCUCGGAGCUUUUUCUGGUGGUCGUCUUGUUUUUAAAGUGUUAAUUUAUUCGUGUGUCGGUGCAGCUGACGGCUCCUGACUGCACCGUACGUUAUGUUCAUCAACUCUGACUUUUAGAGCCCUUAAAGUCUUUGCUUUGCUCUUAUUGGCCCCUUCUUAGGCCACGCCUUCUCCAGUUAUGCAUGGCCUGUUAUCUGUUAUUGGCGGCUCACCAGGAGGUUCCUCACAGCCACGUUGUUCCUCUCUACAUGUGACAGAGAGUCGUGUUUGAAGCUUUUUCUGAGGACCACAUUCCUUCGAUGUUUGUUACUGACUUUGUUUCUGGUUUGAGAUCAUUCCAGACGAGCAGAUCUGAUCCACCUGCUCCUGAUUUGAUCGGUUUGUUCUGGACCUGGAACCGCCUGAGAUCCUCCAGCAGGAACCAGCUGAUCUGAUGAUUUCAUCAAUGAGUCUUUCAGCAGGUUGAUGCACAAAAAUAUUAAAUUCUCAACACAAGCUCUCACGUGAAAAAUGAAAUGGCAGCUCAGUGAAUCCAGGUUGAUCAAAACGCAGACGUCAGCAAUUUAAACCUGAUUUAAAUCAGAUUUAAAGCAGAUUUAAACCUGAUUUAGACCUGAUUUAAACCUGAUUCAGGUGUGAACACACGGUGAGUCUGGGGCCCCGUUAAACACCACCUACUCUACAGAAGAGCCGCUGAACUCAUUGACUCCACCCUCACAUGAGCCCUGGAGGAGUUUUCAGAUUUAACAAACUCUCUUUUAAAAAAUGUCCCAGAACAUUUAUCUGCUUGAAGAGAAGACGAAACAUUUCAGUCUUUCUCUUCCUUUAAUGAAGAAGCUCUUGUCCAAUCAUAUCGCAGAGAGGCUGGUUGCCAUGGAGACCUUGUGUUGAGAACUUGUCUCUUAAAUCUGAAUCAGCUGCUUCUCCUUAAAACAGACUGUUGUUGUUGUUGUUGUUGUUGUUUAUCGCUGAUGCGGUUGCCACGGUAACCUGACUCGACUGUUGCUGACCUGCAGGUUCUUGAUGUUGUUGUAGUUGUUGUUGUUGCUAUCUUUGUGAGGACAUGCCAGCUCUUAUUUUCCAGUUUGAAGCUUAAAGCUGGACUCAGACCAGAUGAUCCUGUGAUGUGACGCGUCCACAGACUCGUGUUUGUUGCUCAGCAUCUGAAAUCUAAAUCAUGUACGUUAGCUGGAACGCUACUGUAGACAGGUGUGAAAACAGUUUAAAUCUCUGCUCUGCUUCAGAACCAUAGACUGUAUAUAAAUAUGCCCCGCCCACACGUCCUCCAGACUCAUGCCCCGCCCACACGUCCUCCAGACUCACGAUGCCCCGCCCACACGUCCUCCAGACUCAUGCCCCUCCCACACGUCCUCCAGACUCAUGACGCCCCGCCCACACAUCCUCCAGACUCAUGAUGCCCCGCCCACACAUCCUCCAGACUCAUGAUGCCCCGCCCACACAUCCUCCAGACUCACGAUGCCCCGCCCACACAUCCUCCAGACUCACGAUGCCCCGCCCACACAUCCUCCAGACUCACGAUGACCCUCCCACUCUUCCUCCAGACUCACGAUGCCCCGCCCACACAUCCUCCAGACUCAUGAUGCCCCGCCCACACAUCC